AGGCCCACCCCUUCGUGGUAUAAAAGCCAUUUCAACCCUCUUUCCUGUCUCGGACGCAUUUGUACUGUUGAGCUCUUGGUGACUCUUGACAGUUUCGUUGGAUCCAGAGUUAUGGCAGAAGAAUGUACCUUCAUUGCGAUCAAGCCCGAUGGUGUCCAGAGGGGCCUGGUCGGUGAGAUCAUCAAGCGCUUCGAGCAGAAGGGCUUCAAACUGGUGGCCAUGAAGUUCCUUGUGGCCUCCGAGGACCUCCUGAAGGAGCACUACAUUGACUUGAAGGACCGUCCUUUCUACGCUGGACUCUGCAAGUACAUGCACUCCGGCCCCGUCUGUGCCAUGGUAUGGGAGGGUCUGAACGCUGUGAAAACUGGCAGAGUGAUGCUGGGUGAGACCAACCCUGCAGACUCCAAGCCCGGCACCAUCCGUGGCGACUUCUGCAUCCAGGUUGGCAGGAACAUCAUCCACGGCAGCGACUCUGUGGAGAGUGCCAAGAAGGAGGCGAGCCUGUGGUUCAAGCCCGAGGAGAUUGUGUCCUACAAGAGCUGUGCUGUGGACUGGAUCUACGAGUAAAGCCAACAGCCAAUCAGCCCUUGCACCGUGACCUUGACUUGCACGAAUGACUUACUCUUCUCCAUCGUACAUGCUGAAGACUGGGUCAUGUGUCUCCUCUUACUGUCCUUGUAGUGACUGUUAAGCACUUGUUGAAUAUAAAAAAAUCAUGUAAUGAGCAUGGUGUUUUUAUACGCAUUAAAGCUGGAAGAAAGCUGGA